UUGAACCGUUUAGUACUGGUGAAGCCGGCAUAUAUACUCCUGACAUGAUGAUUUUGUUUUGAUUUUCUGAUUUAUUUCUUCCUAACAGUGUGGUCUAGAGACAGUCAGGGAUGGUUUCAUUUGUUUUUUUGUUUUUAGAAUUUAUGAUAUUUACAUGCCCUUAAGAAAUUACAGUAUUCAUGCAUGUUUUUAGUGGAGAUAUCAAUUGGAUUCAAUUUAUUGAACAAAUUUGCAUCAAAUAUCCUAAUCUCUUGAGUUUCUUUUUUACUAUGGUGUGAAUGAAUUUACUGUGCCUUCAAAAUAAAUUUCGAGCAUAAAUUAAUUCGUUUUUUGAAAUUUUGCUUGAUUUUUAAGAAAUUUAAAUUCGAAUUUUAUUUUCUAAUUAACUUAAAUCAAAUAAGAAUUGUGUAAGGCUGACAAGGCACUGUAUGGACUGUAAAUGGGAAAACGUGGGACCUACUUGUUACACCAACUCUUAGCCAAUGAAAAACAAGAUUAAGAAAUCAAACUCUUCUUAUCCCAAUGAAUAGAUCGUUGGUUCCUAGUUUUUCGCUCUUUGCUUUGCGCCGCUCAGAGCGAGAAGAAGAGCGUAGAACCCUAGCUGACACCAUGUCGCUGGUCGCCAUCGAGCAUUUCCAGUAUAUUCUUCGUGUUCUGAGCACGAACGAACGUUGAUGGGAAGCAGAAGAUCGCAUGUUCGCCCUUACCUCUGUCAAAGUCGCUGAUCGCCAACGAGGAUUUCCAGCAUAUUUUCGUGUUCUGAACACGAACGUUGAUGGGAAGCAGAAGAGCAUGUUCGCCUUUACCUCUAUCAAAGGUAUUGGCCGCCGCUUCGCCAAUAUUGUUUGCAAGAAGGCCGACGUCGACAUGAACAAAAGGACUGGCGAGCUUUCUGCUGCUGAACUUGAGAAUAUGAUGACAGUUGUUGCGAGUCCACGCCAGUUCAGGAUUCCUGAUUGGUUCUUGAACAGGAAGAAAGAUUGCAGGUAUUCUCAGGUUGUUUCCAAUGCCUUGGGCAUGAAGCUAGGGGAUAACCUUGAGAGGCUGAAGAAGAGAAGGGCAAAAUUGAUGUUCGUCUCAAAAUAUGAUCCAAGCAGCUACUUCGGCAGUGAAUUGAUACUUGUUCAUCGUCAAUCUCUCCACCUCCCUGCUAAUUAUUCCCACGCAGACUCAGGCCAUUGCCGACAACCGCAAAAAGAAACAAAUUUUUGCAAUCUUUCCUCUAUAAUCAACGAUGUGAGCAACAAAGGUUGGAGCUUAGACAGCCUAACCGCUGGUUUCAGAUCAGAACAACUCACCGAACCCCUGGUGGAGAGAGUGAUACUUUCCCUCAAGGAACCCAUUGACUCAAAAAAGGCGCUAACUUUCUUCCACUGGUGCUCCCAGACCAAACAUUUCGAACAUGGCCUGCGAUCUUAUUGCUUCAUUGUUCAUGUCCUUGUUCGUUCUAGCCUUCUUAUCGAUGCACGUGCUUUGCUGGAGUCGGCAGUCAGCAAGUAUACAGAGAGAGUUGCAUCCAAACAUGCAUCGAUUGUGGAGGUGCUUCUUGGCACUUACGAAGCAGUUUUUCCGGGACAUCGUGUCUUUGAUCUUUUGCUGCAGGUGUAUUUGAAGAAGAGAAUGGUCAAUGAAGCGUUUGAUGCUUGCAGAUACUUGGGAGAUCAUGGGCUGGAUGCUAAUAUAAUUAUCUUUAACACAAUGCUUCAUGUUUCACAGAGAUCUGAUCAGAAUAAUUUGGCUUGGAAGAUAUUUGAAUAUAUGUUUGUAAGAAGAAUAUACCCAAACCAAACAACGAUUGAAGUUAUGAUUGAUGUGAUGCUCAAGGAAUGGGUUUUGCCAAAGUUAGUGAGUGUUUUGGAUAGAAUUCGUGGGAGUAGAUGUGCCCCUGACAUUAUUGUGAACACUACACUGGCUUUUAGGAUCAUUGAGGAGGAUAGGGCUGAAGAAGCAAUCACUCUUUUGAAGAGAAUGCUACAAAGAAACAUGAUGUUUGAUGAUAUUGCAUACUCUUUGAUUGUAGCUAGCUAUUGCAAGUUGUGCAAACUGGACUUGGCACUUCAAUCCAAGGACGAAAUGAUCAACAAGGGAUGCAACUUGAAUUCAUAUGUUUUCACUUGUCUAAUAGGAUUUUAUUCUGAGGAAGAAAGAAUCGAAGAGGCUGUUCAAAUGAUGGAUGAGAUGGCGUCAAUAGAACUGAAACCAUAUGAUGAGACGUAUAAUCAUCUGAUAAUUGGUCUGUCGAGAAAUGGGUGGACAAAUCAGUGCUUGAGAUAUAGUGAAAAGAUGCUGAAGGUGGAUUUUUGCCCGGUCUUGGCACUUGCAAUGAGAUGAUAAAGACACUCUGCAUAGCAGGAAAUAUUGAGGAAGCCAACAGAACUCUGACAUCUUUGUUAAACAUGGGGCUUGUCCCUGAUCAGGAAAUAUAUUUGAUUCUAAUUGAUGGCUAUGGAACUAUGGGGGAUUCUCAGAAAAUCAUUACACUUUACUAUGAGAUGGUGCAUAUGGGUCUUGAGCUCAGUAUGAGGGUCUAUAAGUCCUUGGUUCAAAACCUCUGCAAAUGUGGAAAAUUGAGUGAAGCUGAGAAAUUUAUUGGCAUUUUGGGGAGGAAAGAUUUGACCCCUACAAGCUGCAUGUAUAAUUCAUUGAUCACAGCAUACUGUAACAGAGGUGGUAUACAGAGAGCACUUAUUUUCUAUGAUAAGAUGAUUGAAAAGGAGUUGGUGCCAUGUUCAGAUGCUUUAAUGCUUCUAGCAAAGAAAAUGCUGUAAAUAGCUGAAAUUUACAGCUUAUCAUAGGUUAGAUGUGCAUGAUCCUGUACAGGAAUGAGAGCCAGCAAUUGCAAUUCAGAAAGGAUGCGCAUGACCAUGCACAGAAGCAAGAACCUGGAAGUGCCAUUUAAAUUGGAGAAAUCCUACAAGGCGAACCAUUAUACAUGCUACAGGUCAUAGGUGUUCAUCAUGUUUGUUUAUAGUUAGCUAAAUGAUCUACAGCUGAUCAUGGCCAUGUCGAGAAUCAAGAACCUGCAAGUGUCACUACAAUUAAAGAAAUUCUGCAAGCAUCUGAUCAUGGCCAGAUGAGCAUGAUCCUGUGGAGAAGCAGAGCGUAUCAGUGCUAGUAAGAAUAGAAAACAACCUCUACAAGAUCUCCCUGAAUCUAGCAGCUCAACAUCAUUCCUACAGUCCUGACUGCUCCAGUUGUCAUAAGUUCACAAGCACACAGCGAACUUCCCUUGCGCGGAAGUAGUCUCUCACUGCUGUGCAAUAGAGUCCAAGUUUAUCCUCAUGGUUUUACUUGAAGGUUUCCGUUGUGUAUAGCUAGCGUAGCAUAGAGAGGCAUCUUCUAGUUUAGUGGCUUAAAAUUGACUGAGCAAUCAAGUUUCAUACAAGAACCAACCUCAGAUAUAUCUUCAGAAGCAAGCUAAAUGUCUACCAACAUAUACCUAUGUUUGUCAUG